AUGGAUGCUUGCUCGAUCGUCGGGGAGAGCGCGGAUGCGACUGUAGUGGACGACUCUCCGGCGGAUGAAGGGGAAAUACAACAGGCUUCUCAAAGUGAGAUCCCGGCGGUGUCUCUGUGCCCUCCUGAUGGCGUUUGUGCCACCGACGCCCAGCUGACAGGCAUCCAGUCUGAAGAGGAUCGGCGCGACAGCUGCAGCAGCCUCGCACGACCCUCCUCCUCCUCCUCCUGCCAGCUUUAUCACCAAGUCCCCCAAAGUCCUUCAGCUACGGCCUUCCAUUCACCUCAGCCCAGAGGAUGUCAGUGCUGCGACCAUCACAAGCCAAUUAAAUCCAACACCUGCCAUGACUGUCAUGCACUGGCAGCAGACCGCCGAGCUGACCAUUUAGCGGGGGACAUGGCAGUGAAAGCAGGACAUAGCUGUAGUUCUUCCCAUCAGGCAUCCUGUCACAGCACAGUGAGAUGUCACUGGCUUCACGGGUCACAUGAAAGCGGGUCACACAAACAGAUGCAACGGCAUGUGGUUACAGUUAGGGAUGGAGGACUUUACUGGCUCCCCAAAAAUUAUUCCCAAGUGAUUGUAGACCAUCCGUUCGCGGUGCUGAUAGGUUGUGCUCUGGUGCUCCUGGGAUGCUCGCUGACUGGCCUGUUCAUUGGUCCGUUGCCAGACUUCUCUGACCCGCUCUUGGGUUUUGAACCAAGGGGAACCUAUAUAGGGGUCCGCCAAUCCAGUCUGGCCAAACUGCUGGCGAACACAGGACCAGGGAGAACCCUGUCUCCUUUUCCAAGACAGCCCAGUGAAAGUGGAGAUGCCGGUGACGGACAGGGGUCCUCCAGACAACGCACCAGGAGGAUGUUGGACAGAGACUCGUCCCCGGAUACUUUUCUCUGUGAUGCUCCAGGGGAGCGUUUUGCUCAGCUGGUGUUUCGCUCAGGAAACUCGGCCAGUCUCUGGAGCUUGAAGGCCAUCUACUCCAUGUGUGAGAUGGAGCAUGCUAAGAUCCGCUCCCAGGCCCGGUUCCAGGACAUGUGCAAGCAGCAUGCACGAGCAGCGUCCGAGGAAAGGUUGUCCGGGGGCAGCUGCUGUCCUAGCUGGUCUCUGGGGAAUUACUUGGCCGUCCUAACCAAUGCUUCCUCAUGCCUCAGCCUCACUUCACAGCAGGUGUCUGAUUCCCUGAGCCUGCUCCGGUACUGUGCUCUACACUAUCAUGACGGACACUUAGUGGAAGCCUGCGUCCAGAGACCAAAGCAUGGCAGCUGUGCCUUGGUGCCGUCCCGUUGCAAACAAUCCCCGGUGGUGUUUCAGAUCUUACACUUCCUUGUUGAUAAGGAUUUCCUUGGCCCACAGACUGUUGAAUACCAAAUCCCUUCCCUGAAAUAUAGCCUUCUAUUCCUCCCUGUGGAGAAAGGAGAUCAUAUGAUGGACAUAUACAUGAAUAGUCUCCAAGGCCAGGAUCUAACAUAUAAGAAUACAACUAUCACUGGUAUGGAUCUUGGUAUCAAGCAGAGGUUGUUUAAAUAUUAUCUGGCAUGGGAUUCGGUUUACCCCGUCUUGGCCGUUGUGUUUCUGUUUUUUACCAUGGCUCUGUAUCUCAAGUCUCUCUUCAUAGCAGUAUUGUCUGUGCUAGCAACCACAGGCUCCCUCCUUACUUCUUAUUUUUUAUACAAGGUAGUAUUCCGCCUGACAUUCUUUCCCUUGCUCAAUCUAUCAGCUGCUCUCAUUCUCCUUGGCAGCUGCUCCAAUCAGGUUUUUACCUUUGCUGACUUCUGGACUCUGCAGCUAUCUCAGAACCCCUCAGCCUCCCUGGAGAAGAGAGUAAACAGAGCAAUGCAGGAAGUCGGAUAUUUGAUUGUGGCGUCGGGUUUGACAUCCAGCAUUGCAUUUUUCUCCGGUUAUCUUAGCAGCAUCACAGCAAUUAGGUGUUUUUCUGUUUACCUGGGAACUGCAUCUCUGAUCAAUUCACUCUCGGCAUUAAUGUGGCUGCCGUGCUCGUUCAUCUUGCAUGAGCGCUACACAGUGGCAUCCUCCGCCUCUGUGGCAGUCCAGGGAUGGAAGCCCUGCUGUUCCAAAAACCCUGGUGGCUUUUGGGAUACGAGUGCAUGGAGGCGAUGUUUAUUCACCAUUGGGCGAAAGCUUAGGGGGUUAAAAAUGGGAUUAACUGACACCUCCAAUCUGUUAUUCCUCAAAAUCCUGCCCUGCGGGGUGGUGAAGUUCAGAUAUAUUUGGAUGUGCUGGUUUGCUGCUCUUGCUGCCGGAGGGACAUAUAUUUCUUGCAUUGACCCUGGUAUGAAGCUCCCCACCUUAGAUAGCAGAGCCACUCAGCUAUUCCGCUCAAGCCACCCGUUUGAGAGAUAUGACAUUGAGUAUCGCCACAUGUUUAUGUUUGAGAGGCAGAGAAACGGUGAGGAUAAACUUGUCCCGGUAAAACUAGUUUGGGGCAUCACGCCGAACGAUAACGGGGACCACUUAAAUCCAAGCAGCAACGGUACUUUGGUUCUCGACCCCGAUUUUAAUAUUAGCAGUCCUGAUGCUCAGGUUUGGUUGAGGGAUUUAUGUGGGAGGAUUCAGAACCAAAGCUUUUAUUCCCCUCCAUCGUCAGUGGGUAAGGCUCUGGAAACAGAUAAUGUAUGUCUGGUGGAGCAGCUGAUACACUGGGUGUCUGCCAGGCGCUGCUCGGAGAGCGAGGACACUCUCCAUUUUUGUUGUAAUGAUAUCCCCUUUCCUUACCCACCCAACGUAUUUGAGCAAUGCCUCAGUAAGAUGCUAGCAGAAAGGCAUGCUGCGGGCCAUCUGGCCACAAACGGAGGCCUGUAUUUCCAACCAGAUGGCAGAGUAGCUGCGCUCGUGUUGGCAUUCAAAACCACAUACCUCUACAGCUUCAACUUCAGCAGAACCAGUCUCCUCUACAGAGAGAUUUUCUCGUGGUUUAACAGAGAGAUAUCAGGGGCACCGCAGGGGCUGGAUAAAGGCUGGUUCAUCAGUCAGUUUUCCCUUUUUGAUCUGCAGCAGUCGCUAAGCUCAGAAACUCUUGUAGUAGCAGGUUUCUCAGUAUCUCUCACAUUCGCUUCCUUUCUCUUGACCACCUGGAAUAUUUUGUUGAGCAUAUAUGGUACCGUGGCUGUAGGAGGCAGCGUAUUCGUCACCGUUGGACUUCUGGUUCUUCUUGAAUGGCAGUUGAGUGGCAUUGAGGCUCUAUUUAUAUCAGCAGCUGCAGGGCUGUCUGUUGACUUUAUUGCUAACUACUGCAUUUCCUACAGCUCAGCACCACACUCAGACAGAAUUGGAAGGGUAGCACACUCCACCAAAAGGAUGGGAUGCCCAGUAGCAAUAGGCUGCGGUGCUUUUUUCUGCAUGGGGAUCAUUAUGUUGCCUGCCACAGCCCUGCUUUUUAGAAAGUUGGGGAUUUUCCUCUUUCUGGUCAAAUGUGUAGCAUGUGGAUUUGCCACCUUCUUUUUCCAGUCGCUGUGCUGCUUCUUUGGGCCUCAGAAAGACUGUGGGAGGAUAAUGUUACCGUGUUUAUCUGAGCAGGUCACCGACGGCGUGCUGUCCUGCUCGGCAGCGGAGCCUAAUUCAAGCUCAGCCUCGGCUGCUAAUGGGUCUUUUGGCAGAUCCAGAGUCAGGAGGAGUUAUGACAAAGAUGCAAGUGGGUAUCUUUAUCCCAACCACCACCAGCGGCAGCAGAGACAGAAACAUCUUGGAGUUGCAGGAGUGAGUUGUGGGCGGGGGCCUGAGCAGUAUGAGCUCCAGCCGUUAGCCUAUCGGCUCAGUGACAGCUUUGAGAACAGCACCUGCACCAGUAAGCUAUCCAACCGCCCUUCAGUGCUCUCUGAUGAGAUUGAGUACUGUGGGAGAGAUGCAGAAAGGAAUUGCACUGAGGAGGACAGCGAGGAGAUAGGUAGUCAUCACCAUAAAGUCUGUCACCCACCCCCAGCCCUCCAAACCUCCUCACCUUACAAAGAGAGCUCCCUGCAGCCCAAACGAGUCCCACAAGAGGACCUAACAAAGGACAGAAUGCUGUGUAAGACUUGUAGGUGUGAAUCUGGUGGAGUGAGGCAAUGGAGGGGUGCCUCCUUCUCAUCGACCCCUAGCAUGGAGGAAACCAUUAUAAGCCAGACCUUGGAAAGCAUUGACCAGCUUUCACUCUGCAAUGAGGGCAACGCUUCAGAGAAGAGACACCAUCAUCAGCCCUACAAAGUAGCCAUUGCAUACCAGUCGCAGAGCUCUUGUGAGGGUCUGGAAGACUCCAACGAGACUUGUUUGAGUGACAUAGAGCCAAGACCUUCCAGCGCACAGCAAACUGAGGGACAAGGAGAAGUUCAGUUACAACCAGGACACCUUAACGGGAAAAGAGGCACCCUUCGUCUCUCACUGAAAGAAACUGUUUAUGAGACCUCCUUAUCAGGAUGUGGUAAGGGCCGAACCAGCCAGAGUGAGGAAAUAGUCAUCUUACCCAACAGUAAGCCUGACUUGCCAGACGUAUGGAUAAAAAGAGAUGGACAAAGAGAAGAUACAUGCUGA